ACAUUAAACGUACGGCACAGUCGAGUGAGCCCAUCUCCAGGAAGAAGUUCAUCGAUAGCAUACUCGUCGUGUCCCGUAUCGGAUCCGGAUAUUAUUAGUAAUGUUUUAGCCAUACCGAUGUCAUCUAUAAACGUGUCAGUGUGCAACGCCACGAAUCAAAUGUGUUUACUUAUUGUACGAAAAAAUAAUGGAUAAAGCACAAGGUUGCCGAAAAAUUGUUAUAACACAUUUAUGGCAGCAACUGUAAAUAAAAAGGAAAAUAAAAACGCUGGCCAUCAUUACUCAGUACAUCUAAUCCAUCCAAUAAAAGAUUGACAGCAUCCACUUUGAAAGUGAAAUUCAAAAUCAAAUUCUAUACACCACUUCGACAGCAAACUACUCUAUACAAAAGCACCCCUAAUACCGCUCAGAAAUUCAACUUUUAUCCGAACUUUGCUUAUCAAAAUCAAUCCUUCAUUGUAUUGUGUAAAAUCAUCAAAAUUGUAACGAUAAGAAACAAUCAGUCAUCAUGAAUUUAAUGUUUCGCAAAAAUUUUCGUGAGGGCGGUGGUGGCGGCGGCGGCGGCGGUAUUAAGUCUGGUGGCGGUGCAAAAUUGAAUCCGAAGGCAAACCGUAGUCAAGGUAAUAAACGGUCCCGCGAUAUGGGAUACGGUAAUAUGGAUGCUGCUGACGUACAUUACCGGACGCAUAUUUUUUUUGCACCUAGCAGAGGUGGCGGUGGAGCAGAUUGUGAAGAGCCUCGUUGCGGCCCCGUAACAGGUGCUGCGAUAUCCCUUCCAUUAGCUCCUUGUGAUGUGGAUGCACCCCAACCUUUAGUCGAUCGUAGACCGUCUGUUUCAUUACUGAAAUGGGGUUCUAGCAAAAGGAAUGAUGCGCCUACGCCUACUGCUGCCAGGCAAGUUAGUUUUGGAACUGGCAGUCCUUUUGGUGUUCGAUCUGAACCCGUUUCGUUGGAUCGCUUAGAUAGAGACUGCUUUAUAAUUCCAGUUCACAGUCUAGCCAGGUUUCUACCAGCCGGAAUUCCGUUACCGCCACCUUGUGAAGGGGUUGACAGUAAACCACAUACGGGACCAUUGAGUGUGUUGGAAGUUUCCGAAUCAAAACUGUGCGUACUAGCCCAUUUGAUGAGUCCUCUCGAACCAAUUGAUCCAGUAUUAGAAACGCCACUUGCUCAUCCUUUGUUGAAACAGAGAAUGGUGGCAGCGGAGCUGCUCAAUGAGGUUCAAAAUGCAAAUACUGCCGUCGGUGGAAUGUUGUUAGCAAAUAUGGAAAGAACUGCCGAAUUUCCGUUCAUCGCUUAUUAUGUGAUAAAUACAACCAAAACAGAUCCAACAAAUUUUUAUAGUGGCAUACGAAGUUCAUCACUAUCAAAAUUUGAGCCAAAGAAAUUGAGGUACACAGCUGCACAUACACUUGAUUUGUAUAGCGAAGUUGCAGCUAUAGUUAGACCUCCGUUAGUGUUGUCCCAAAAUGAUAUAAGCUUUAGAAAGGUUCAUUCUCCGAGCACGGCUUAUAUAAUAAGUAUUUUUAAGGUAUUCGAAGGAGACGAUGGGGAACGAUUUGAAAAGAAUUGGCUUUAUUGGACCGGUGCCAGAAUGCUCUACAGAUAUUUACCUCGUUCGGUGGGAAUGCGAAAAAUUGCCCUGCACAAGAGUGUUUCGACGAAGGGCGACAAAAUGUACUUGCUGGUUUGUGAGUGUGCUGAUUUGUUGAAGGAUAUAUCAGCGGCUGCGGUAUUGAUACCAGCGUUGAGGGCUCGACUUUGUGGCUACACCGGAUUGUAUCGUCCAAUACAAGCGUUUUAAAAUCGAAAACAACAAUUUAAAUUGAAUUUCAGUAGAGCAUAGAAUUUUUGUCGAGUUAAAAAUUAGAAUUAACAAAUUACGAAAGGGGCGUUGUGAUUUCGAAACCUACGGAAUAUAGGCAAAACUGUGUUCAUUACUAUUGAUGCUAAUGCUUAACUAUGAGUUUUUUUGCACUCCCAUUCAAAGGAAGCAUGACACCUCAUAAAUUAUUCGGCCGAGAUAUUACGGCAGUCGUUAUAUUUCAAAGGAGAAGUGUUUAUACUAUCAACGCGUCGCUUUAUCAAGCACGAAUUCGAAUAUAGAAUGAACACGUACUUUUAGCGUUUACAUUUUUACUCUGUCCUACAACAAACUACUUACUACUUUACUUAAAAAAAACUCAGUGCAAAAGAGAUGCAAGAUGAGACAGUAAACGCAUGACAUUCUCUCACCAAAUCGUUCAUCUCUUUUGUAUCAAGCUUUUUUUUGUGUUGUAGAACAGAUUUUUCUGGGAAAAAUUUCGUAUCUUCUAUGUUUUGUAAAGGUGAGUGAGGUCAAUCAGUUAUUGUGGUAGUAGAAGUAGGUUUGUAUGCAUAGUAAAAUGAUUAUUUUUAGUGACCAUUCGCCGAUCUGAAAAAAUAUUGACUCGGACCGGCAAUGUAUCGUUGUAUCUACUUCCUCUAAAUCGUCUCAUAAAUUUUCUUCGAGAUCCAGUACCAUCAUAUUUUUUAGCUCCCUCUUAGAAACGAAAAGAGUAUUGUGAUAAAAUUGUAGAAUCUACUACUUCAUUAGUUCAUUAGCCUUCUGUUUUAACAUACAUUUUACUACACCACAUUAACCGAAGGCCAUUGCCUAAUUUUUGUCUCUGCAGUCAAUAACAGAUGAUAUAAAGUCCAUUCCCAUAAUAGCGAUCAUAAUGUUGUGUCAGGAUUCAAUUCUGAAAUGUUGAUGACAGGUUAUUCUACAAAUCUACCCAAAAAGUAUUAAUCUGCUGAAACCUGACGACACACCCUCGAGGUCGAAUAAUUUAUUUUUUAAACACUUUAUCUCUUCGAAUUUAAAAAUAAAAAAUCAGUUUAAAAAAAAGCUGAGUCAAGGCCUAAAUAUAGAAAUAACUAGGAAAACAACUGCGUUUCUAGAUCUUUCUCUAGUGUCUAAAUUUCGAGUUAAUGAAGCUUUGUGUUUUGCAUAACAAAAAUAGUUUUUCUUUAAAAUUAUUUGUUUGAAAAUCACUUUUUAAGAAAAAAUUUCACAUUUUAUAAAUCGUUACUGCUGUUAAAUAUUUACCAUAUCCAAUAAAUUUUAAAAAUGUGUCAUAUCGCCGACAAUAUGUGCAACCGCAAAUCACACAACAACAAUGAUUUUAAGCAUAUAUGUGACGGUAGUUCACUGUUCCCACAUUAACAAACAAAAAUGUAUACUAAAAAAAUUCGAUUUUUCUUAAAAUUUGAAAUGAAAUUGUAGGACCACUCAGAUUUAAUUAUAUAACACAAUUCAAGUGAUUUAAGUAAAUAAAAUUGUAGGAAAAUUACGAUUUCUCUUUAAAUAAAAAAAAGGUGAACAAAGGGGGAGAGUAAAUUGAUCGACUGUAAAGGUGGCCUCAGAGUCAUCCGUUUUCACUCCGUUUUGCUUCCGUCUACGUGACCUAAUACACGUUCUUAAAUGUGCUGCAUUAUUUAAAAUGUCAACUUUUAUGUACACGGAGCUAAAACGGAGACAAAACGUAUGACU